UUGAUUGUGGCAGCAACCUAGGGGGCAGCGUGCAUAUUUAAGAUUUGGAUUAAUCGUUCUGGUCAUUGCAACAUUUAUUUGAGUGCUGUGUAUUUUAAUGUUUUGCGUCUAUAACCUUCACCUAUCAUUCCUGAUAGCCAGCUUAUUAGAAUGAAAUUAAGCAUUAACUUCAAAUCCAUUAUGAUCAAUAAUGCUGAAAUGUUUCCUGAAUCCCUUGCUCCAAUGAAAUGUUCACAGACAUGUGAGUGAUGUGUUUACCAGAAGCAACCGUUGGUACCUGGGUCAGUAGUUUGGCUGAAGGAAUGGAAAGUCUGUCCACAGCUGGCAUUUGGAGGAGGAGGGAGGGAACAGUAGACUGAUGCGAGGGAAUGUAAUGUUUUUGCAAUAACACCAAAUAAAGGAUUUUUGUGGUGUUGAGCAAUAUUUGUCUGAACGCCUGAUGAAUUAACAAUUAUUUUACGUCCAGACCAUCCUCACUUACCCUAAGAUGUUUGAACUUAUAACGUCUUGUGAGCAAUAAUAUUCCAUCCAUUCCUUGAGCAAGGCACACUUUUUAUUGUUGCACACUCACACACAAAGCUGUCAUCUCCCUGUGUUUGAGUAGUAGAGCAAGGGGAACGGACAGUGAAGACACGCUCUCUAUCUUUCCCUUCUGUUCUGUUGUAAUGCAAAGCACAUCCUCCCAUCACUGGUUCAGAACCGCUCUCCUGAACCAGCUCGCCCCAGUUCUGAUUUAUCGCCGUGAACAAUCCGGUAUUCCUUCAGUUCUCCUGCUACCUCGUAGAGAGGAACACCUUCAUCUCAGAACAUUGCUUCUCCCUGGAACAAAGACACCAAGGCGGAUUAAAUGGACUUAUACACUGCAUUUACACAAAAUACGUCAAGGAUUGACUGAACAGAAACUUUGAGUUUACUCAUUAGAACUGCAUAGUUUCAACAGGAAAACCCACAGGCGCUCUUAUUUGUACUGGUGCACUGUUGUACUGCUGGGACUCAGAAGACACGGGAUGGCAGGCCGGACAUGCCUCAUCGUAGGAGUGAUGCUGUUGGCAGCUGCAGCCCCAGCUCUGGCUACUCCAGACAGUUGUGCCGAGGAGCUGGCCCUGCUUGAGGCACGGGAGCGGUUCCUGAAGAGCCGAGUGCAGAAACAGGAGGUUCUCCUGAACAGGUUGCAGCUGCUAAGCCGGCCCCAGACCCCCCACAAGGACCAGACCCCGGCACAGGGGGACCCGGCUGCUGGGGACCCCCCUCGCAGAGACUGCGCCGAUGUGUUCACCUCUGGUUCCAACUCCAGCGGUCUCUACCGCCUCCGGCCCCGGGGCAGCCCGGCGCCGGUGCAAGCCUACUGCGACAUGAGUGACGGGGGGGGGUGGACGGUCGUACAGAGACGGAUCGACGGCUCGGAGCUCUUCAACAGGUCGUGGACUGAGUAUAAGAAUGGCUUUGGAGACAAGUCAGGGGCCGGAGAGUUCUGGUUUGGAAACGAAAACCUACAUUACCUUACAGACCAAGGGAACUACUCUGUGAGGAUCAUCCUGGGAGACUUUGAGGGCAGCCAAAGCUACGCUGAGUACAAUGACUUCAGGGUGGGACCUGAGGAGAGCGACUACCUGCUGUCCUUCGGAGCCUACUCGGGCACGGCCGGAGACGCGCUGUCUGGCAACUACCAGGUGGGCGUGUCCGGUUGGGCCAGCCACCAGGGGGCGAAGUUCAGCACGUACGACCGGGACAACGACAACUACGCCGGGGGGAAUUGUGCCCAAGAGGACAAGGGAGGCUGGUGGUUCAAUCGGUGCCAUUCAGCCCAUCUUAACGGACUCUACUACCCGAGUGGUCCCUACAGCGCUGUCACUGACGACGGCAUUGUAUGGGUCACCUGGAGAGGCUGGUGGUAUUCUCUCAAGACCACCGUCAUGAAGCUGCGACCCGCUGACUUCAAAGAGGACCCCCUCUACGACCUGAACGAUGUGUAGCCCAGCCUCUCCAACCCCCGGCUGCUUCUGCUCAAUGAUCGGCUUGUGAUGAUUCUCUGUACACGCACACGUGCAUAGCCUUUCACAGUACAACCUCAUGGGCUUGGACGAACGACGGUGAACACUCGGGUCUGAGGAAGGCAGUAGCGUCGAGGAAGAGGAUGAAGGGCACAUGUUUUGAGCCAACUGCAUUUGCUUGUUGUUUAAAAAAGUCUUCCGGAGUGCAAACGCUGAAGGGGAACCUGAUUAAGUUUAGUUAAGAACAUUGUAUCAGCAGGUCACACUAUACUGAGCCGAGAAUAAUUCUGAAAAUUUUAAGUCAUAUUCCAGCCAAAAAUAAAUGCAACGACCAGUGCAAAUAAAGCCAAGCUUUUCAUAUGCCACCUCUGA